AUGUAAACAGAUGGACCAGGGGUCAUCCUGCUCUAUAGAGUACAUACACUAGUAGCGUUUUACCUGGACUGUGCCGAUGGACCCUUGGAUAUGGAAUGUAUAGUUGGAUUUGAGCUGAUACAUGUUACAGCCAAUGAUAAGAGGACCGUUUCAUCAUAACUAAAACACCCCCACUUCACCAUGACGACAGAAAACGGGGUGUAUACCCCUAGCUCCACACCCAAGCCCCAUCCCCGGGUCAAACCCGAGGCAGAGGAAUACGCCAACAGAAAUCGUGGCGGUAUGGAUAAAUGGUUUGAUUAUUCACAAAACACGAGUUACGAGUCCCCACGACCCAUGGAGCGGUUACGUUCAGAUGACGCGAGGCGGAACGCCACAACCAAUAAGGGUUGUAUGGGUGAACUUCUCGGAGGAUACGCCGACCCACCGGCGGAGAGGAAAGUCCAUCCCCGGGGCGUCACAGGCGACGCAGCUGAAACGGCCCAGAAUAACAAAGGCGGGGCUAUGAAAAAUUUAAUUGCAAACUAUGGUAAUUUAAGCGUAGAAUCUAAACCAGCUCCAAAGGUCAAAGGUGAUUACGCGGAAGAAUAUGCAGAACGGAAUCACAAUGGUAAAAUGGAGACAUUGAUAAAUCAUUAUGGAACACUCACACCGGAACAACCACCGGCACCCAAGGUUUCGUACGGUGGGGAGGAAGUAGCGGAGAAGUACAAGGGAGCUGGCAUGGGACCCCUCCUCAGACAGGAAGAGGAAGCUUACUACCAAGAACCUAAAGUUAGUCGACUUCAUCAGGCGUCGGAAGGGCCGGGAUGGGACGAGAAUCCACCGGCAUACCGCACGAGACCGGAAGCGGAAGGAAUAGCAGAGAAAAAUUCAGAGACGUACUCUGACAAAUUGAUGCGUGGUGAAGUCAUGCCUCCAACCGUGAGAACCCCUAAACUGCCCAUACACAUGCAAGAGUCGGAAUCGCCACGACCUGUGACGUCACCAUUGAGAACAAGACCAGAAGGAAUUACCAACUUCCAACGAAACCAGAAUGGUUCGGAGAUGGCGGCUAUUAUGAGAGGCGAAAACACGAAUUCGUCAGCGCCUAAGAAGAUGAAUAGAAACCUAGUUCGAUCAGAGCUCUGGUGAAACUUUCUCUAGUCAUGGCUAUUGGACGUUCCAAUUAGUAAAAUAAGGAUAGAGUUAUCUGACCAUAGGGUUCACACCAGGUGUCGCAUGAUUGUAACUACGCAACGACGUGUUACGGCACUAUUUACAAGGAAAAGAAUGUGAGCGGGUUAGGAUAACAAUUCUGAUAAACGUUGUGACGUAUGUUUUAUGUUCUUUAAUAUGUGGAUGUUUGUGUGAAAUUAAUAAAUACAUGCACAAGAAUAAUGUGAAAUUUAUUUGAAAUGGAAGGUAGGAUCUAACAAGUCUUUGUUAUUACUGGAUUUUCACCUGAUGUCCACACUUGGCUUCUAUGCAACAAUUCUGUCCAUUUUUUAGGUAAAUUGACAUAUAUACAUAUUUUUAUACCUUUUCCAUAGUAAUGAUCUUUUACAUGCUAUUUGAACCUAUUGCUCAGAUAUGUUCACCUUGAAAGCACAGAAACGUGUCUUUAGAAUGUAUUAAUCUAUAUUAUUUAAAUUUUGGUUCAGAUACAGUGUUUCAUUUUACACGUUGUAAAUUUUAUGAAUAAAUCUCAAUAUCAUGAUAUAAACCCAUAACACAUUAUCAAACCUUAUUAGGACAUAUGUCUGUUUUUUUUUAUUCCCUUUGUGUGAAUUUUAUAUAUUAAUAUGUGUUUUAGUAAACACCAGAAAUGGUGAGGAGAUCUCCCCUAACACUGUGUAAGGCCAGAUAACGAUCUGACGAAUGGCUAGUUUUAUUACACCUUAUGAUCCAUGCUAUUGUUUUGUGUAUAUGUUUUACUGGACGAUAUGUGUGAGUGAGAUAAGUGUUCCUUUGUACAUAGUUUUAUUUCCUUGGGCUUUAUGAAAUUUACAUUUCCAACAAAACUAACUUAAUUCUCACUUUAUUAGUGAAUCAAUCAUUUUAAAAACAGAAAUAUGCAAUUAAAACCCGUGAUGAUGUACCGAUUCUAAUUAGCAAUAUUUAAUGGAAUUUGGCAAAAUAUUGCAUUCCUCAUGUGACAGAAAUAUUUAUGUAUAAUGUGUUGGGUGACGUCAGAGGGGCUUGCAUUCUUCAUUUUGACUUUUAUCUCUGAGAAUGUUUUAAGAUAAGUCAAUUAGAAGACAGGUCCCUGUGAGUAAGGCGAAUGAUGUGCCUACCUGCCCCUAUUGUGUUGGAUUAUUGUGUUCAUAUUACUUAUAAAUACUCUGUAAACCAUUGUUGUUGUAAGUAUUUGUUAUGGUUUUUUUUAUUCUGUCAAAUAUUUUGAGGAGUUCAGACAAUAGUAUAGUACAAUGUAAUCAUAUACUUUCUUGACCAUAUUUUUCAGAGCAGCAUCCAAAAAUCGGACAUGACAAAUUGUCUUUGAUAUUUUUCACAGAAACACUUAAUGCUAUUAUUGUUGAUUUCACAAAAAUGUGUAUAGUUUGUUAUACAGGUAAAAAAGGCCACUUCUAUAGUCUGUUUCAUAAAAUAUUUUGACGGUUUCCUGCUGUGAUAAUUAUAUAGUUAUGAUCAGAAACAGUUUGUUUUAUGAACCAGACUAUAAUUAGGUAGAAUUAUAGCCAUUCCCAUAUCAGGAGGUGCUAAAACCAGAGACAUAUAUACAGAUGUAUAUAUGUCUCUGCUAAAACUAACCCACCUUGUCAUAUUAUAUUGUAAUUUUAUACAAAUAUUCGCCACAUUUAACUUCCCGUUAUAUAUAUGUUUCUGAUUUAAAAUUUUUAAAGAUAACAUAUCAUUUUGCACGUGCUUGAAAGCAUGUGCAUAAGGGUAUAACAAAUUGUCAAAGCGAUGCUGGUAUUUGUAUAUCACUAUGAAAUAGUGAUUGAUGUGUACUGUUGACCAAUGAUAGCCGUGGGCCGAGAUGAUUGGGUCAUUUCACCAUUGAUAGCCGUGGGCCGAGAUGAUGGGGUCAUUUCACCAAUGAUAGCCAUGGACCGAGAUGAUGGGGUCAUUUCACCAAUGAUAGACCAACAGACCCCUAUUUUUUCACACGUGAAAACUCUAAGGUAAAGGAAAGGGGCUAUUUUACCUUGAAGAUCCUAGAACAAGGGGAAAUUGUUUUACCAGUGGUAAUGGGUCCAGCGGACUGGAGUUAAUAUGGGCGGGUUUUGUCGACCUUCCUUAACCUAAGGUAGCCUCUUAACUUAAGGAAAGCCUUAUUAGAUUAUAUAAAAAAAUCCAAUAAUGCUUUCAUGUAGAAGGUUAAGGAAUGUCACAAAACUGGAACCAGAUUCGUCAUCCUAUCUAAAAACUAUUCGUCCUUGAAAUAUGUUGAAAAGAGACAAAUUUCGUCCUGGUCUUAGGCUAAUCACUGGUAUAGUGGGUCGAGUGAGGGCGUUCUCGUGUUGGUGAAGUUUGUGACCGUUACAGAUACAAAACAUAUCAUGACAAAUUAAUCAGAUUUAACAGGUAUAUUUAGGUUAGCACCAGUGUAUUUAUACGUCAUGUAUAUACAAUGUACAUAGAUAACAAUCCGAAAUGCUUGUGUAACGUCAGUGUAAGAUGUACCACUGAAGGCCAGCCAACGUAAUAAAUAUCGAAUUCA